GUACCGUCAAUAUAAACCUGUUUAGAAUGCUAAAGUUUAAACAUUGAAGGUGGAUUUAUAAAUUUUAUUUUAUUUAAUCGAGUGCGAAACGAAGGGCGAUCAUGGACGUGUUUUUAAUGAUAAGGAGGAAAAAGUUAACAAUAUUCACUGAUGCCAAGGACACAACAACAGUCUUUGAACUGAAGAAGAUCAUCGAAGGCAUCCUGAAGGUGGCUCCGCACAAUCAGGUGCUCUUCAACAAGGAUAACACUAUCAUGGCUGAUGAUAAGAUGCUGCAGGAUUACGGACUGACCUCUACCACCGCUAAAGCCCAGAGCCCAGCCACAGUUGGACUAGCUGUCAGGGAUGAGAAUGGCGUGUUCGAGGCCUUAGAACUGACCCCGUACUCUGCUCCGCCCGAUUUGCCGGACGUCAUGAAAUCUCAGGACAGCGUCAACGGACAGGAGCAGUCCUCCUGAAUCAACAACCCAUUGACGUUACAUUGUACAUCGAUCGAUUUAUCUCAGCAGAGGUUUCAACAGCAACAGCAGCAAACAACAACAACAACAAUAUCAUUAAACAAACAAACAAACAAAAAAAAUUAAUACUAUAAUAAUAAUACUAUAAUAUAUACAUUAUAUAACGAUAAUUGCCGUAGAUAAUUGAGAGAAUAUUUUAAUUUCAACAUCAAAAUGUUAGAAGCGAGGAGAGAGAGGGACCGCGAGGAAGCGAAAUUCGACACCCUCUUCCGAUUGCUCAUCGUGAUUGUGGUCACUCUCUUCAUACAGUUCCACGGCAGAGAUGUUAUCGUCGCUCUGCCCAUCGUUAUUUUCUCAAUUACAUUAGUCCACUUCUUUUUCAUUUAGCGAAAAAGCACGAACCGAACCUCUCUCAUAUAUACAUAUAUAUUCUCUUUAUUCAAUUUUUUUUUUUAAAUUUACUCUCCUCAUUUCGUUCUCUAUUUAUUUUUUCUUUUCUAUGUGGGAAAAAGUUAAAAGAAAGAUGAUGAAAAUGGGAAGAAGAAAAGUUUACGAUUGUGAUAGUUUUUAAUUUAAUUCUUUAAUGAUUAGUUUUCGCCUUUAAAAACCAAAAACAACAACAACAACCCACCCUCUUUUACUAUUAUAAUUUUUUUUUUAUUAAUUAUCUCUGAUUUGUAAUAUUGAUAUUAUUAUAACCUUUUUUUCUUUUAAUGUUCUCUCAUCGUUGACUUUGGAAUGGGUUUCUAAUUUACAGCUGCUUCUUAAAAACUAUCCUUUCCUCGUGGCGAUGAAUGUUGAAUCUUGCGAAGAAAAAAAUUAAUAAUUAAUAACGGAAUAUAAAUAAACAAGGCAUUUCCUUUGGUCUCUCUUUUUCGUUUUCAAAUCCGGUGUAGCCGUGCUUCGUUUCCACGGAUGAGUAAAAACAAACAAAAGAAUAAAUAUAUAUAUAAAUAUGUUAAUAUAUUUACUUAUUGAUGUGUGUGUGUGAGUGGAGUACGAUGAUGAUUAGUUACUACUUUAACUUUAUAUAUAUAUAAAUAUAAAUAAAUAUAAUUAAAUUAUUGUUCAGGAAACCAAAUAUGUAAUGGACUUAUUUUUUAGAAGCAAUAGAAUUGAGCUUAAGUAUUGAAUUAACAACAUCUCUUGCACUUGACGUUGGCAUGGUGAUGAUGAUGAGUGCAGGCAGUCUAACAGUUCGUUAUUCUUUGCUGACUAAUAAUAGUAGGAAGGAAAAACUACACUUGUGUUAUU